AUCCCCUCCCCCCUUCACUCUCUCCCACUCCGGUUGAGUGGAUCCCGUUCUUCCCCAGCCAGCCCGAGCUUCCGGUCCUCUUCUCCCAUCGGUUCCUCUUCCAUUAGCUAAGGUUUCCGCCCGAUUUCAUUAGUUUUGAGCAGACCGUCCUUGCCCGAUCGAAGCCCCCAGCUUCCCUGUCCCAUUUGUUCUUGGUAGAUCUUGGCCAAAGAUCGGAGUUUUUGUCGGGAUUCUUUGGGGUUUCUUGCGCUGGAGGGAGGUUUCGUUCUCGCUGGCCAUGGUUUGGCUGGGAAGCAGCAUGUGGAUGCCAAGUCUCUGAACUUUAUGAAGAUCGCCACUCACCUGCGCCGCUCCUGCUUCCUCCACUCCUUCUCGGUUGUCUUCCUCUACUGGUUUUAUGUGAUCUCAUAAUUCGCCCGGAUCCUCCAUUGCUAGUUCUCUCGCUGUCUCCUCUUGUUUCUUGUUCCUCCUCGUUUCUUGGUUUCUUGAAGAAUCGGUGAAUAAUAGCAGCAGCAGCAGAAGUAGCGAAUUUGGAGGUAAGCUAGGCCGGUUUCUUGCUAAAAGAUCGCCUUUUGAUGUCGUCGUCGUCGCUGUCGCCGACGGGGAGGAUGUCCGGGUCGGACGGCGACUCGGCGGCGGACACCCACCGCCGGGAGAAGCGUCGGCUGUCGAACCGCGAGUCGGCGCGGCGGUCGCGGCUGCGGAAGCAGCAGCACCUGGACGAGCUGGUGCAGGAGGUGGCGCGGCUGCAGGCCGAGAACGCGCGCGCGGCGUCCCGCGCCGCGGGCAUCGCGGCCCAGUACUCGUGCGUCGAGCAGGAGAACACGGUACUCCGCGCGCGCGCCGCGGAGCUCAGCGACCGGCUGCGGUCCUUCAACGAGGUGCUCCGCGUCUUCGAGGAGUUCAGCGGCGUCGCCAUGGACAUCCAGGAGGAGCUGCCGGCCGACGACCCGCUGCUCCGGCCGUGGCAACUCCCAUGCCCCGCGGCCGCCAUGCCCAUCGGCGCCACCGCAGCGCACAUGCUCCACUACUGAUGAUGCCGCCGAGGCAGUUGGAGCUUGGCUGUGGUUGGCAAGAAGAAUUGGUUGCACACAUGAUCACAUCUACCUGGCUGCUUUGAGAAUUAGAAAGCUUUAUCUGCUGCUGCUAUGUUAAAUCUAUCUUCCGGUUGCUUCAAUAAUUGUUGCCGUUGUCUGUGUGUAGGAGUUGAUGCUUAUGUAAGGCUUAAUUUUGUGUUUUGUUGUGCUUUCUGUCUUGUAAUGUGAUGAAUAAGUGUUAUGUAAAUUCCUGUUCCAACUCAAAAGUGUUUCAUCAGAUCUGAUGGUGUCCAAAUUUUGGAUUUUUAGCAAGUGAAUGAAUCUGUUUUCUCA